ACUCGCAUAUAGGCUAUAUACCUAUGCGAGUACCACUCCAAAAACGCUCACGGUGCCGGUGCCCAACUCAUAAGCAAAUUGAAUUCCUUUAGAACCUCUGGAAUCUGGAACCUCUCACAUGUCAUACGCAAAGCUCGAAUUGCAGAAGCUCGUUCCAGGGAAUAAUCAGGAGGUGAUGUUGCCUCCUGUUGAAGGUGUAGCCGGUGGAGGGACUUCGUAUGGAUGGAGUGAUGCUGGUAUUUAUGCGUCUGGUUCAAUGAAGGGCACUAUUGAUCCUUCAGAAGUCCCAUCCUCUGAAUUACUUCAUGUUUGGUGCAUGCCUAGUACUGCAAAUGUCGGGUCACAAGAGAUGCCUAGGCAUUUGGAACCCGUCAAUCUGUUGGCUGCCAGAAAUGAGAGAGAGAGUGUUCAAGUUGCUUUACGCCCAAAAGUUACAUGGGGUGGUUGUGGUGUAGCUGGAAUUGUACAAGUGCAGUGUAAUGACCUUGUAUCUGCUUCAGGAGACCGAUUGGUUGUUGGUCAAUCCUUAAAGAUCCGAAGAGUGGUGGCUGUUUUAGGUGUUCCAGAUGCCCUUGUACCUCUUGACUUGCCAAGCUUUCAAAUAAACCUAGUUCCUGGAGAAACAACAGCAUUAUGGGUUUCCGUUGAUAUACCCAGUGAGCAACCUGCAGGCGUAUAUGAGGGGCAAUUGUACAUCAAUGCUGUAAAAGCUGAUGCACCAUCUAGAGCAUCAUGCAUGGGCAAAGGUGAAAAGCAUCAAUUAUUCAGAGAAUUGAGGGACUGCCUUGAGGUCAUGGAACCAGUUGAUCAGUAUCCAAUGGAUGAAGUGGUUGACAGAGUAAAAUCUGCUACAUCAAAUCUGAGACGUGUUCUUCUGUCCUCAUCAUUUAACGAGUUCUUGUCCGAUAACGGGGCUGUUGAUUUGAUGGAUGAAGAUGCUAUUUCAAAUCGUUCUGUUUGUGUGAAAAUCAGCUUGACAGUUUGGGACUUUGUACUACCUGCUACACCUUCACUUCCUGCUGUAAUCGGUAUAUCAGAUACAGUGAUUGAGGAUCGCUUUGGCGUGGAACAUGGAAGUGAUGAGUGGUAUGAGGCAUUGGAUCAACAUUUUAAAUGGCUACUUCAAUAUAAAAUUAGUCCAUACUUCUGUAGAUGGGGUAAUAGCAUGCGUGUUUUGGCAUACACAUGUCCAUGGCCAGCUGAUCACGUAAAAGCAGAUGAAUACUACUCAGACCCAAGGCUGGCGGCAUAUGCUGUUCCUUUUCGGCCUGUUGUGUCAUGUGUUGAUGCUGGGACAAAUUUUUUGCAGAAAGAGAUUGACAUACUAAAGGCUAAGGACCACUGGAAGAAAGCAUAUUUUUAUUUGUGGGAUGAGCCGCUGAAUGUGGAACAUUUUGAUUCGAUUAGAAAGAUGGCUAGCGAGAUCCAUGCUUACGCUUCAGAUGCACGCGUUUUGACAACUUACUAUUGUGGCCCUAGUGAUGCACCUCUGGCACCUACUUCUUUUGAGGCUUUUGUAAAAGUCCCCAAAUAUUUACGCCCGCACACUCAAAUUUACUGUACAAGCGAAUGGGUACUGGGUAAUCGAGAGGAUUUGGUGAAGGACAUUGUUACAGAAUUAGAGAAGGACGAGGAGUGGUGGACAUAUGUUUGCAUGGGACCAUCUGAUCCUCACCCUAACUGGCACUUAGGGAUGAGAGGUACACAACAUCGUGCAGUUAUGUGGCGCAUAUGGAAAGAAGGUGGAACUGGUUUUCUCUACUGGGGAGCUAAUUGCUAUGAAAAGGCCACAGUUCCCAGUGCCGAGGUACGAUUUCGGCGUGGCCUUCCUCCUGGAGAUGGUGUUCUCUAUUACCCUGGCGAAGUGUUCUCAUCUUGUCAAGAGCCUGUGGCUUCAUUAAGAUUAGAGCGCCUUUUGAGUGGCUUACAGGACAUCGAGUACCUAAGGCUUUACACCUCCCGGUAUGGAAGGGAUGAGAGCAUUGCUUUACUGGAAAGAACUGGAGUUUAUGUGGGUCCUGAGCGUUAUACAUUCGAGCAUGUUCCUAUAGAUAUGAUGCGUGGGGAGAUAUACAACAAGUGCAGAUCAUUUUAACUAAUCUUUGUUCAUUAUUAACUUUUUAUAUUAGAUGUUAAUAUUCCCAGCUUUAAACUGCUUUUAAAUGUAGGCAGUUGUGUUGCACGUUUGGCACUUUUUUAGUGCAUAUAAUGCCUAAUACACCUAGCUAAUUUGUUCGA